AUGGGGAGCCGGCUCAAAUCAAGGAAAAAUUUUUUGAAGACAACAAUUAGCCUAUCACAAACACCUGAAGCAACGAGAAUAUACUUAUGGAAGGAGGCAAUGAAAGAGCAUAACUCACUGCUAUGGAAGGAUCCGAAGGAAAGCUUACCGACCGGAAGUCACUUACCAUGGUCGGUAUGGAAGACACUGAAUAGAUUACGAACGGAAACUCGAAGGACAGCGAGUAAUAUGAAAAAAUGGGGAUUGAAAGAUGAUGGGAAAUGCGAAUGUGGUGGAGAGCAGGAUGCGGACCAUCUGUUUGUAUGCCCACAAUUACCGAAUAAGUGUAGAAAGGAAGAUUUUUUGACGCAUAAAAUUUCAGACAAAGCAAUACAAAUUGCGGCUUACUGGGGAGCGAAGGGAAUAUGA